GUGGCGCUGUUUCAGUUUGAAAUUGCUGAGUGUUAGCCACUAGGCCUAAGGUAUUUUGUUUUAUAGAAAAGUAAUCAUGCCCGAGCUACCAAUAUCUAAAGUGAUUGUUCAUCCUUUGGUGCUGCUGAGUGUUGUUGACCAUUUCAACAGAAUGGGAAAGAUUGGAAAUCAAAAAAGGGUUGUUGGCAUACUCUUAGGCUCUUGGAAAGGCAAAGGAGUCCUUGAUGUAUCCAAUAGUUUUGCAAUUCCAUUUGAUGAAGACGACAGAGAUAAAACAGUUUGGUUUUUGGAUCAUGAUUAUUUGGAAAAUAUGUACAGUAUGUUCAAGAAGGUAAAUGCUCGUGAAAGAAUUGUCGGAUGGUAUCAUACUGGACCUAAGCUUCAUCAAAAUGACAUUGCAAUUAAUGAAUUAAUCAGAAGAUACUGUCCUAACUCUGUUUUUGUUAUAAUUGAUGCAAAACCAAAAGAUCUUGGUUUGCCGACAGAAGCAUACAUAGCUGUGGAAGAAGUACAUGAUGAUGGAACACCAACUACAAAAACUUUUGAACACGUACCAAGCGAAAUUGGAGCAGAAGAAGCUGAAGAAGUUGGAGUUGAACACUUGUUGAGGGACAUAAAAGACACGACACUCGGCACAUUGUCUCAAAGAAUAACCAAUCAGCUGAGAGGUCUUAAAGGUUUACAUUCUCAAAUUAACGACAUUAGAACUUACUUGGAACAGAUAAUAGCCGGAAAUCUACCCGUGAAUCACACCAUUAUUUAUCACCUGCAAGAUAUAUUCAACUUAUUACCGGAUGUAAAUUCUCAGGAAUUUGUUAAAUCCCUCUACGUUAAAACUAACGAUCAGAUGCUUGUCGUGUACUUAGCCUCGCUGGCUCGUUCGGUAAUCGCGCUCCACAAUCUCAUAAAUAACAAAAUUACCAACCGAGACGCGGAAAAGAAAGAAGGGAUCAAAAAAGAAGAAGGCAAAGAAAGAAAAGAAAAAUCGGAAGAAAAAACCGACGACAAGAAAAAGGAUAAAAGUAAAUCGUGUCUAAUAGAUUAAAAAAUAAAUUAUUGAUUUGUUGUUUUUCAGGAUUUACCAAUGCUGUUACUUUUACUAUCAUCAUUAUUAUUAUUAUUAUUAUUUUUUAAUAUAAAUGAUUUCCAUUUACUUUCUGAUUAAUCUUCUUCUCCUUCAUAAAAUUUUAAUAAUUUCCUUUUUCUUUCAUCGCGUAAAUUCGAAAGAAUGUCUCGGCAUUUCCAACCAAAGUAGCAUUUUAAAAUUCAGAUGGAAUGUAGAUGCUAUCGUUAGAUAAAUAUCCCAUUUGGUGUCUAUUAAUCAUUUCUGUGAAUGACCAUGUAAAUACUGAGUUACUUAAAUAUAACAUUUAUAAAUUCUUAAAAGGAAAAUAAUUUAUGUAGCACAAUUUGUUCAGAAUUUAGGCACUUUGUAAUAAAAAAAACAUGUUUUUUACUUAAAAAA